AUUUCCUUUAUAUCCAAAAGGAGGGGAGAAGCUUCAGUUUGAAUACGGAGUUUAUCUUCUCAACAAAAAUAUAGCACAGCUUAGAUAUCAGCAUGGGCUGAGUACUCCAGAUCUAAGGCAAACUCUUCCUAACCUGAAAAACUUCAUGGAGCUUGGGCUAAUGGUUAGAUGCGAUCGACACCACACAUCCAGCGCAAUUCCCGUUCCAAAGAGACAGAGCUCAAGCUUUGGCAGGUUGGAUAUUGGCUUUUCCAGUGGGCUUCCUUCUCCAGAUAAAGGACUCCGGAAACGAGCCAGCACAGGGAAUGAGAGACUCCAGCACAAAACUCCUCCUCCCAGUUACAACUCUGCUUUAACACAGCCUGUAGCCCUCCCAGCCCGUUUGGGAGAGCUGGAGAAAAAACCUCCAUCCUUAUGUUCUUCCUUGGACACCUCCAUGGACUCCAUGAGAGGAAACACCAAGAAAGGUGAGGACUUGUGCAGCAGCUUCAACGGAGAAAACGGGAGCCUGAGCAACCCUCAGGAAUGUUUCCUGGGAAGUUCUAGUGCAAUAAAUGGGGCAGUUGUGCCUGGGGAGGGCUCCGGCACCGCUGAGGCUUGUGCGUUCCGGCCCGUCCUGUGCUGCACCGUGGAGCAGGCAGAGGAGAUCAUGGGCAUGGAAGCCACAGGAUUCAGCACAGGAGAGCAGCUGGAAGACUUGAACUCCAUCCCUGUGGAGCAUGCUGUAGCUGUGGAGUGUGAUGAACAAGUCCUAGGGGAGUUUGAGGAGUUCUCCCGAAGGAUCUAUGCACUGAAUGAGAACAUGUCCAGUUUCCGUCGGCCACGGAAGAGUUCGGACAAGUGA